AUGACCGUUAAAACGUUCAACGUCCUCGUCCUGGGGGAAACACAAUCAGGCAAAAGCACCCUCUUGGAAGCACUCAAGCUCUACGCUGACCCAACAUACAAAAUCGACAAGUCCAGGAUUGGGUCAGGCAAUGUCUCUUUGACAACUGAGGUGCGACAGGAGUCUAUCAAGACCCGACUGCCAGAAUAUCUAGUCAAGAAAGUCGAUCGCUCCCAACACUCAGAGGAGCAACCGAAAGCACAGCAGCACCCUGUCGCUUACGACGUCUUCAUCACAAAGGACAAGGAUACUUACGAAGACGAGCUCAACGCCAGGCGCGAAUAUCAGCCACCAGUGCAAGGGAAUCCAUGGUCCAGCGAAGAGCUCACGUUCAACAUCAUUGACACCCCCGGUUUGAACGAUACCAAGGAUCAGGACGAGCACCAUGUCUUCAAGAUCAUUUCGGAACUCGGUGGCCAGUCCCUCGAUCUAGUUCUUGUCACGGUCUCUCGAGGCGCUUUCACCCAGGGCCUGCAGCAAGUGCUUCGUUCCUAUAUGGACCUAUUCCCACAGCUCGGAGAUAUAAUGGCAUUUGUCCACACCCGUGUAGAUUACCUGGAACUCCACCCAGAUAUGACCAACUUCCAGAGCUAUAUGAAGGAGAAGGUGGCGACGCUGAGCGCUAUUAUGGGUCGUUCAUCCUUUCCGCAUUUUUGGAUCGAUUGUGAUUUCGAAACUACAAAGCCGGUCCGCAAGUGCAUCACCAACAACACUCUGCGCAGGAUCCUGCGUCUGGCUGUGGAAAACAAGUCUGUCGUCAUGCUCCGCUCCAAGACCUUGAACAAGACACCCAAGAUGAAGGAGAUUGAUCGGAUCAUCAAGAACCAGGUCCGAGCAGUCAUUCAGGCGAUCGAAAAGACACUUGAGUUCAAUGACAAGGACGAGGGCGUGCUGUUGCAAGGAGUGUAUAUCCGUGCUACGGAGAUCAAUGAACUCCAAGCGAAGAUCAAUAUCUUGCAGGAUCUCCAGAAGAGCUACCAAAUCGAUGAGCUUGGGUUGCUACACGAGGAACGAGUCGAUGACAUCCAGCGACCCUUGGCCAUGGGUGUGUCUUGUCCGGCCCGCUACGCAGGGGAGCAUACGAUCGAUGAUGCGGUCGUGUGGUGUGAGAACUUCAUGUUCUGUGGCUUGGAUGGAGAACAGUCGUCAGGGAGCUGGGAGGGUACUUUCAAAAAGAAAACACAGGGCUACAACGGCUACUACCAUGUCAAGCUCUAUGCGAAAAAAAGCAGCCGUUUCAAGGCCGAGAUUGAUGUCAUUGCUACGGAGAUUGCGGAUCUGGAAGUACAGCUCCAGCGCAGAGUCAACGAGAGCGACCUGCCGCCAAAAGAAGCACUCUCCAAGAUCCAGUCCUUUGUGGACGCUCACAACCGACACAUGGAGGUCAUCCGACUGGCAUCCGCAGACACCUUACACCACGACCUGUUUGUUGAACUGGUGAACGCUCGAGCAUUCGCAGGGCCCACAAGCGAGAGACCUGCCACCAUUGCGGCACCUGUCACCAUUGCGGCACCAACAAACACCAUCGCAGUACCAACAGAUACCAUUGCAGCACCAACAGACACCAUUGCAGCAGCAGCAAACACCAUCGCAGUACCAAAACAUACCAUCCCAGUAUCAACAGGCACCAUUGCAGCACCAACAGACACCAUCGCAGCAGCAACAGAUACCAUUGCAGCACCAACAGAUACCAUCGCAGUACCAACAGAUACCAUUGCGGCAGCAGCAAACACCAUCGCAGUACCAAAACAUACCAUCGCAGUAUCAACAGGCACCAUUGCAGCACCAACAGACACCAUCGCAGCAGCAGCAAACACCAUCGCAGUACCAAAACAUACCAUCGCAGUAUCAACAGGCACCAUUGCAGCAGCAACAGACACCAUCGCAGCAGCAACAGAUACCAUUGCAGCACCAACAGAUACCAUCGCAGUACCAACAGAUACCAUUGCGGCAGCAGCAAACACCAUCGCAGUACCAAAACAUACCAUCGCAGUAUCAACAGGCACCAUUGCAGCACCAACAGACACCAUUGCGGCAGCAGCAAACACCAUCGCAGUACCAAAACAUACCAUCGCAGUAUCAACAGGCACCAUUGCAGCACCAACAGACACCAUUGCGGCAGCAGCAAACACCAUCGCAGUACCAAAACAUACCAUCGCAGUAUCAACAGGCACCAUUGCAGCAGCAACAAACACCAUCGCAGCAGCAACAGACACCAUUGCAGCACCAACAGACACCACGACUUCAACCCCAGGCAGUGUCAAGGAACUUGCUGCCUCUGCCUCCACGUGA